AUGGCGCAGGCCUUGAAUCGUUUAAAAAAAGACUACAGAACAAGAUUCUGCCAUGGAGAAGGAAAUAAGAUUGAUCUACAGCCAGGUCAAAACGUACUGAAACUCAUACAGGAUUGUUUUGAAAGUUGCAGCAGUGAUCUUACAAUAAACUCUCCAAAUUGCUCAAGCUUUCUUUUGAAAAAUGAGAAGAGGACUUCAGUCCAGAGACAAAGGCUAAGUUCUCCCAAGGCAGGGUCAGCCAACUCUGUGAAAGGAGCCUGUAAGUCUGCAGAACCCUCACCUGCAUCACUGCUAAAACCAGUCAGCAGCAGAGGACAGUCAUGUGAAUCAUGUCUGAAGCCUGCAACACCUGAUUACAUAGCUACUUCUAAAAAGACAGAGUCUCCUGUGUCUAAAAGUGAAAAAAAAGAUACUUUAAAAGACGUUGAAGCACCGUGCCAGCAUCCAGCUGUGCCAUUGGACCCUGAGAAUGAUCGUGGAUCACCUUUUCCUGUGGAGGAAGCGAAAAGUUCUCCUGUAGUUAAAUUUCAUUUUGAUAACUGGAGUACGCCAGCUACAGCAAAGAGCCAUGGAGAAGUGGAAAAUUUGGAAGGAGCUCAGCCUGGGAGAGAUGAGCCAGUUGUUCCUGUGCAAGGAACAGAACGUGUUACUGCAUCAUCUGCCCGGACAGAGAAGGCUUUCUCUGCAGCUGUCUUAGCAGCUGUAGCAAGAGGAACACUUGUACAGAGAUAUUCAACCUCCAUUUCACCACCAUCACCUCGUCCUGUGAAAUACCAAGAAAUAGAAGAUGAAUGUGAAUUUUUAAUUGAUGAGUCAGGUGAUGCAUCUUCUACUUCUUGGAUUUCAAUACCCACUAAGAAAAAAAAACCAAAAAAUGAUGGCUCUGCAGCUCCCGUUUCUAAACCUCACCCCUCUGAAAAGGAAAAGACACAGAAUAAGAAAGUCAAGAACAGAAAAGUACAGGUAAAAGCACUUAAUAAACAGGAACGGGAUCAUCUGGAAGUUGGAGCUUUUGACUUCAAAGAAACGCCAGUGUCAGAUCCGAUCUCUAACAGGAAAGAAAGUGUCCUUGCAUCUCAAAGCCAAAAGAGUACUUGUGUGGGAAAGACUAAAAAGGAUGCUCUUAGACAAGACUCUCCAAACCAGAAAAAGAACACAUCCCGGAAACCAGAAGCUGAAGAACCAAUGUUGUCAUGGGCUGGAUUGGAAACGGAACCAUCUGAUGAAGAGCAGUGUGAAACAAGGAUGCCAAGUGAGGAUUUGCCUAUGCCCUCAUCUGGGCAUCAGAAAGAACAGACUGUGUCACUGAAGAAGUCUCUCAGGUCUUCCAAGAAUCUGCAGUUGGCUUCUGAAGCUUCUCAACAUUUAGUUAAGAAGAAACAAACUGCUAAUCAGAAACUUCCAAAAGUCAAAGUAGCUAAGAGCGGGACAGUAACUCCAAGGAAAAAGCUUAAAAUAUCUGUCCAGAAAAGUCGUAAUAAAAAGCCCCAGUUACGAAGAGAGGAGAGUUCUGACAGUGAAUCUAGUGAAGAAGAGCUUGAAAGAGAGCCUUUAGAACGGAAUGAAGCAUGCACCACAUCUUUGCAUCAGAAGGAGACUCCUGUGAUUCAGAAGUUGACUAAGGCUGAAAAGCCUAGAAAUGUGUUACACACACCAGAGUCACCUAGUGGUGCCAAUAACAGAACUCCUCUGAAAGCACUCCAGCAUCCUGUGGAGAGUGUGAAGGAUCGUGGAAAGAAAAGGUCUGCCAAGUCUUUAGGGAAGAUAACCAAAAAGAUUCCAUGCAGAACCAAUAAAGCUCUUCGCUCAAGCUCUGAAAGCCCUGAGUCUCAAACAGAUUCUGACAGCUCUUCUGUACAGGACAUGGCAAGGAAAAAACAGAUGUUACCAGAUGUGAAAAUAAAAAGUAACAAAAGAAAACAUAACAGGCAGCAUGGAUCACAGGAUUCCUUUGAGAAGGUUGAGAGUUGCAAAAGUGGGCCUGUUCUAGAAGAUAGACUUACUUCCAGCACUAAGUCUCCUGAGCUGGACAAUAUAUCUUCAGAUAAUUCUGAAGACUUGAAUUGCAAAGUAAGAUAUCUGUUGUCAGAUGAAAUACCAAAGCAUAAAAUAGUUAUGCCUUCCAACACACCUAAUGUUCGUCGGACAAAAAGGAUACGGAUGAGACCUCUGGAAUACUGGAGAGGCGAGCGCAUAAACUAUGCUAUGGACCCUUCAGGAGGGCUUGUGAUGAGUGGACUAGUGCAUCCAGAAACAGAAUCUCCCAGGAAGAGUAAAAGGAGAAAGGAUUCUCCCAAGCAGAAAAGAGAUCAAACAAAUAGAGAAGAGAUACCUGUAAAUUUGCACCACAGCCUAGCUGAUGCAUCUAAGCCAACCAUUGUACUGGACCCAGUAACAAAUAAUGAAGUGCAUCGAGAUUGUGUAAACACUGCAGACACUCACGCUUACUUCUUCAAAGAUGAAGCAAUGGAAAUACAAAAAAGUUUGAAUACAUCUCUUUUUGCGACUGGUAGAUUGAUUCUGAAGCCAUAUAAAGAAAAGGGGCAUCAAUUUGUCAACAUGGAUACAAUAGCUUUCCAUAUUAUCCAUGGCAAAGUUAUUGUGACAUUGCAUAACACAUCGUAUUGCCUGACUACAGGGGACUGCUUCUACGUUCCAGCAGGAAAUGGAUAUAACAUACGUAAUCUUCUGAAUGAAGAAAGUGUUCUUCUCUUCACACAACUCAAAGACAGGUCAGUGCAGAAGGAGCUGGGAUGA